AUGAGCGACAACCGCGUCGCCCCAUGGAAGAAGCACUAUGUCACGGGCACCCUCCCGCAGCUCAACAACGACAGGCUAUCAUGGCUGGAUCCCAUGUUCCCCUCCAUGGACCCCGUCACGCUGCGGCUCGACCCGCCCAGCACCAACGCGCUGCCGAAGCCGUCGCCGGCCGAGCUCGACGACCUCUUCCUCUCCGAGCGCCUGCAGAAGCACUUCAUGUACGGCCUGACGACGUGGGAGGCCGCGAUUCUCGCGAGCGCCGAGGUCUACACGGCGUACGAUGAGAGCGACCACACCACGGCCAACGACCUGCGCGUGGACGAGAAGUCGUGGCUGCGGGUGUGGCAGAAGUACCGCUGGAGGAUCGACUUUGUGCAGCAGAAGCAUUGGACCGGGAAUGUUGGUAGGCACUGGACGGUGGAUGACCCGUUUCUGUGGACGGAGCUGCGGAAGUGUAUUCAGCUGGCGGAUAAUAUCCUGCGGGUGUCUGCGACGGAGCCAUGGCUACGUAUGCUACUAUCCAAAGACGGCCUCGAAUCUGUCAAAGUCGAAGUGCCGUAUUGUUCUGGAAAUUGGGAGCAAAUCUGGCGUGUCAAGAACGACACCUCAUUCAUGACAACCACACAAGCAGUCCUCGACUUCUUCGAGGACCCAGAGUUCUACACGACCGUUCUAUGGGCUUUCAAAGAUCAUUCUACCAACUUUGUCGCCUCAGAGAAUGGCGUGGCCGAAGUUGGGACGACUCAUGAAACCUACAAUGCGCAUCGCAGGCUGUCGCCGAUCACCUUGGAUAUCGUGUAUCUGCAGACGAUGCUUGACCCGUCCACUACAGCGGUGUCGAAGAGGUUGGCACUGCAUCUUCAGGCCCUUACUAUUGUGCACGAACUCAUGUUCGGAGCCAGGGAAUAUUACCCCGAGAUGGGCCACUCCUGGGAAGGGUCGGCUCUCGGCGGCUCUCUCUUCGGUAUCGAGUCCCUCGAAACCGGAUCCCAUUACAGGAACUCCAACGCAGCAGGCAUCGUCGCCGGCCUCGCCGUAUGGCCGAACAUCAACAGCCACAACUGGCACGAGACGUACGGCGUCGCACUCGGCAUCCCCUCAUACCGUACAACCUGGCCAGCCCCGGCCCUCUGGGCCACCUCGUUCCGCUCGGGCGACUUCUGGAACAAAAUCGUGCCCAAAUACGGGCCCGGCGCCCUCAAGAUGCCCAAGCCGCUCGUCGACGUCACCAUCGACGAUGACCUGUUCAAAUCCGCCGGCAGCACCGUGCCAUCGCAGGCGAGGUGGGUGAUGGGCUACAUCCCCCCCGAGUGGCAUCGCAAGUCACUGGGCACUCUGGCGCGGCGGCUCACUGCCCGUCGUCGGGCGUACCAGAAAAGGAGGCCGUGGUUCCCGGACACGUUCGCGAUGUGGCAGAUGACGCCCUGGAGCUGGACCGACUUCCGCCGCGAGCUGAACAUCGCGCUUACUAUCCACUUCGUCCGCAGGAGCGUCGUCGACCAGCUGUUGCUGCAGAGCAUGAUCGUCCGACUCAUCCACCCGCUCGUGAUCAACAUCGACUUCCCCGAGGGCAGGGUGAAUAUGCAUGUGCCCCCCGACUACGAGCACGUCAACAAGGAAUGCGCCGUGCAGGCGUGGUUCUUCCGCGCCAUCGGCAUCCUCAUAGCCGCCUCUCUGCCCGCGCACGACGGGGAGGUGGUGCCGGAGAGGGAGCCCUCGCACUACGGCAACCCCAACCCGUGGAAGAUCAAGGCCAGCGUCGCGACUGCGCUAAACAGCGCCGAACGGUCGGAUCUGUCCGCGGCGAUGAGGUAUCUGUACAGGAACCGACACAAGUACGACGGCUUCCGGAUGGAUAAGAGGCAUCACGCCCCGGACCCGCCUAAGAACAGGCUGAACCUGCGCCGCGACUUGAUCGAGCUGGCCGUGUGCUGCUGGGAUGCGUUCGAAGCAGUCUGCGAUCUGCCUCUGGGGCUGCGAGGCGCCUUCUUCGCCGCUGUAAACGACAUGACGGCGCAGCUGAAGGCGGACUUGGGCAAUGAUUACAGAUCGUGGCUUGACUUCAACUUCCGCAUGCCGGAAUACGCUGGUGUAUGGGAGAAUGGGCGAGCGACUGGUUUGGAGAAGUUCAAGGAGGUACUCAAGGAUGGAUGGGACGCCACGAGCCCGGCGUUCGGAGAAGAAGCUGUUGUGCGAUUCAACGGGGAGCCGGUGAAGGACCCCGGUCACAUCGAAAUUGAACCGUCCUGGGCCAUCGGAUGCGUGGGUAUUGCGGGUGACGUUGUUCCGGUUGAUCAGCGUCCCGGAAAAGGCGACUUCAAGUACUUUACCGCAAGCCAGAUAUAUGACCAAGCGGUGAACGAGGGGAAGCCUGUGCUCAUUGCUGAAGAAGGGAUUCACCUGAACAUUUUCCUCGUUUCGGAUGUCAAGGAACUCCUGGGCAACAUUACUGAAGAGCAACUGAACACCAUCACGUCAAAGGAGUUCAAUGGCCAACAGCUGAAACCCGAAGCGGUGAAGCUACUAAGACAGGCUGCUCCGAACAUCGUGCCGCUGGCGAGGGCGAUGAGACUCUGGAGAGAGGACGAGAUCGCCCUGUGCGAUGGGACGAACGGCUACCCCUUUUGCGUCCGCAUCGCGGAUAGCAUUUUUGACCUCACUGGUGCGUUUGAGCCAUUCCUUUCGUGGGUUUCUGAUGCUGAUAUUUUGAAAGAUGUUGAUCACCUGGACAAUGGUGGCCCCGACAAGAGCGUCAAUGUCCUGGAAAUCCUCCAGUCGACGCCGGGUGGCAACCCUUCCCAGAAGCUGUUGCAGGCUGGCGUCUUCCCCCGAACUGUUAGCGAUCAGAUCUCUCGAUAUCGCAUUGGAUAUGUGAAUUCCAAGGUGCCCAGAGCCACCCACAGGCAUCACGUGAGGACGUUCACCGAAAAGACGCUGCGUCGCUACGAGUUUGUGGAUUGCAGCAUGUACGUUGCCAUCCAGGACAAGGUGUACGACAUCACAAACUACGUUAUGCUCCACCCUGGAGGCGAAAGGCUCUUGGCUGAGAACGGGGGAAGAGACAUUACCGAGUUAUUCAACAAAAAUCACCCUCAAUCUAAAGACGAAUUGAUAGAAUCAUUGCAGGCGGUGCACAUUGGCAGGAUGGUCGAGAACCGGUCCGAGACGGUCCUGCUUGACGGACUGCCGUCGCCAGAGGUUGUGCAUCAUGACGAGAUCCUGCUCCGCAAUGAGAUAUAUUCAGUCCGAGCUCUUAUCGACUCGGCAGAGAACUACCGCCUGGUCGAAGCACUCAGGCCCUACCUGGGCAAAGACGCCAGCCAAGCGCUUGCGGACGAGGACGACGACGAGGGUCCUCUAACGACGUUUGCCCGUAUGAAGGGCUUCAUCGUGGCGAUGACCGACCCUGUUAAGACUGAGCUUCGCAACAUGUCGAUCACGGAGAUGAGAGGCUUUGACGGGCUGAAUGGCCGCUUGGCGUAUGUUGCUGUAGAUGGCUUGAUUUACGAUGUGACAGAUGUGAUCGACUUUGGCCACAAUAACCGGAACUACGUCAAUUUGGGUAAUUACGUGGGUCACAGUAUCCAGAGCGACGACGCGCUGGCCGAAUACGUAAAAAACAACUGCGAGCACCGGCUCUGUGCCAGGUUGGUCGAGGCCAGAUACCCAGACAGUGGAUCCGAGAAGUUCACUUGGGAUGCCGCUAGAUGGCGACCGAAGGAAAAUUAUCCGCCUCUUUGGGGUUACAGACCCCCGAACCCUCCCUCGCCACCACAGCCCGACGAAGUCGCGCCCUAUCCCCACUUUCAGAUGUUGGAGGACAAGUACGGCGUGCAGGACUUCUUCGACGGUUACGACGCCAACACCGCCGGCGAGGUGCUCGACUCCCUCAUCAACCCAGCCGGGGGCUAUGAGGCGGACUCUGACGACUCGGACUCUGCCCAGACCGUCUGCGCGGUGCAAUCGUACCAGCCUGUUAUGGCUACGCAUUACGGGAGAAACAGGGGUAAAACGGACGUCAAACGUCGGCUUAAGGAGAAGCACAGGAUUCAGCGGCUGCGUGGGAAGAAGACGCCUGGAGCUCGACCGAGGCUGGAUGAUGGCAGCGUCGGUGUCGAGGAGAGUGUGUGUUCGAAGCGUAAGGUUCAUUUUGCGAAGGAGGAUGGGCCUGACAAGAGGCGGAAGAUUUUCGAGUACAGCACUGAAUAUGCAUAG